AUGUCGCAGCCGCCGCCUCUGCUCCCCGGCUCGGCCGAGACUCGCAAGUUCACGCGGGCGCUGAGCAAGCCGGGCACGGCGGCCGAGCUGCGGCAGAGCGUGUCGGAGGUGGUGCGGGGCUCGGUGCUGCUGGCCAAACCCAAGCUGAUAGAGCCACUGGACUACGAGAAUGUCAUCGUGCAGAAGAAGACACAGAUCCUCAAUGACUGCAGGCGGGAGAUGCUCCUCUUUCCCUAUGAUGACUUCCAGACAGCCAUUCUCCGACGGCAGGGGCGGUACGUGUGCUCCACAGUGCCUGCCAGCGCCCAGGAGGAAGCGCAGAGCUUGUUCGUGACUGAGUGCAUCAAAACGUACAACUCUGACUGGCACCUCGUGAGCUACAAAUUUGAAGAUUAUUCCGGAGAGUUCCGGCAGCUUCCAAACAAAGCGGUCAAGUUGGAUAAGCUUCCAGUGCACGUCUAUGAAGUUGACGAGGAGGUGGACAAAGAUGAGGAUGCCGCCUCCCUCGGCUUCAGAAGGGGGGACUCACCAAGCACGGGAUGGCUGAACAAAGGCAACAUGAACAGCGCCAUCAGCGUCACCAUGCGGUCAUUUAAGAGCUUUUUCCACCUGAUUCAACUUGGGGAUGGCUCGUACAACCUGAAUUUUUACAAAGAUGAGAAGAUCUCCAAAGAGCCCAAAGGAUCCAUUUUCCUGGACUCAUGCAUGGGUGUAAUUCCGAACAACAAGGUCCGGCGCUUUGCCUUUGAGCUCCGGAUGCAGGACAAAAGCGGCUACCUGUUGGCGGCAGACAGUGAGGCAGAGAUGGAGGAGUGGAUCUCGGUCCUCAACAAGAUCCUGCAGCUCAACUUCGAGGGCCGCCAUGCAAGAAAAAGCGAAACGGAGAGUGUUCAUGAAGAUGAUGACCAGAGCAAACUGGAAGGUCCAGGUUCUGGUUUAGACAGCUUCCUGCCUGAGCUCGCCAAGAGUACCAGGGAAGCGGAAAUCAAGCUGAAAAGCGAGAGUCGAGUCAAACUCUUCUACUUGGGACCCAGAACCCAGCUUGACUUCACACCAGCUGAGCCUGAAGUGACCGUUGAAGAGAAAUUUGGGAAACGGAUUCUCGUCAGGUGCAACGACCUGUCCUUCAACUUGCAGUGCUGUGUUGCCGAGAAUGAAGAAGGCCCCUACGACCAAUGUAAUCCUUUCUUCGUCACUCUCUCCCUCUUUGACAUCAAGGACAACCGGAAGAUUUCUGCUGACUUCCACGUGGACCUGAACCAUUUCUCAGUGAGGCAGAUGCUGGCAGCCACCCCCGUGGGCUGGCAAACGGUGGUGGGGAGAGCCCCCCCUGCCCUGCGAGGUCUCCUUCCUGAGGCAGCAAUGCAGUACCCAAAGCAGGGCAUAUUUUCCGUCACAUGUCCUCACCCUGACAUCUUUCUUGUGGCACGCAUUGAGAAGGUGCUUCAGGGGAGCAUCACCCAUGGUGCUGAGCCAUACAUGAAAAGCUCAGACUCUUCUAAGGUGGCCCAGAAGGUGCUGAAGAACGCCAAGCAGCAUGCCAAAGGCUCGGCCAGUUACAGAAUGCCCUUUGCUUUCUGUUUCAGGCCCCUGUUUAAGGAUGCCUCUGGAAACCUUGACAAAAAUGCCCGAUUCUCUGCCCUCUACAAGCAAGACAGCAAUAAGCUCUCCAACGAUGACAUGCUCAAAUUCCUGGCGGACUUCCGGAAACCCGAGAAGAUGGCUAAAUUCCCCGUCAUCCUGGGCAACCUGGAUGUCACCAUUGACAGCGUUUCCUCAGACUUCCCUCAUUACAUCAACUCCUCAUACAUCCCCACGAAGCAGUUUGAGGCAUGUGCUAACACGCCGAUCACUUUUGAAGUGGAGGAAUUCGUGCCCUGCAUUCCAAAGCACACGCAGCCUUACGCCAUCUACAACAAUCACCUCUACGUUUAUCCCAAGAGCUUGAAGUAUGACAGCCAGAAAUCUUUCGCCAAGGCCCGGAACAUUGCAAUCUGCAUUGAGUUCAAAGAUUCCGAUGAGGAAGAUGCACAGCCUCUGAAGUGUAUUUAUGGCAGACCUGGGGGACCUGUGUUCACAAGAAGCGCCCUCGCUGCAGUGUUACAUCAUCACCAAAUCCCCGAAUUUUACGAUGAGAUUAAAAUAGAACUGCCAGCCCAGCUGCAUGAAAAGCAUCACCUGUUGUUCACAUUCUUUCAUGUCAGCUGCGAUAAUUCAAACAAAGGCAGCACCAAGAAGAAGGAUGUUGUUGAAACUCAAGUUGGAUAUUCUUGGCUUCCUCUCCUGAAAGACGGGCGGGUGGUGACCAACGAGCAGCACGUUCCCGUCUCCGCCACCCCCGCUGGCUACCUUGGCUACCAGGAGCUCGGAAUGGGCAGGCACUGUGGUCCGGAGAUUAAGUGGGUAGAUGGAAGCAAGCCACUGCUAAAGGUGUCGACUCACCUGGUCUCCACCGUGUAUACUCAGGAUCAGCAUUUGCAUAAUUUUUUCCAAUACUGUCAGAAAACUGAAUCGGGAGCCCAAGCCCUAGGGAAUGAGCUCGUCAAAUAUCUUAAGAGUCUGCACGCCAUGGAGGGUCAUGUGAUGAUCGCCUUCCUGCCCACCAUCCUCAACAAGCUCUUCCGAGUCCUCACCAGGGUCCCCAAGGAGGAAGUGGCAGUCAACGUGACUCGGGUCAUCAUUCACGUGGUGGCUCAGUGCCAUGAGGAAGGACUGGAGAGCCACUUGAGGACCUAUGUUAAGUAUGCUUAUAAAGCAGAGCCUUACGUGGCUUCUGAAUAUAAGACGGUGCAUGAAGAACUGAGCAAGUCCAUGACGGCCAUUCUCAAGCCUUCCGCCGACUUCCUCACCAGCAACAAACUACUCAAGUAUUCCUGGUUUUUCUUUGAGGUUUUGAUCAAAUCUAUGGCCCAGCACUUGAUAGAGAACGGCAAAGUCAAGGUUCUGCGCAACCAGAGAUUUCCCGCCUCCUACCACCAUGCCGUGGAGACUGUCGUGAACAUGCUGAUGCCUCAUAUUACUCAGAAAUUCCGUGACAACCCCGAGGCAUCGAAGAACGCGAAUCACAGCCUGGCCAUGUUCAUCAAGAGAUGUUUCACGUUCAUGGACAGAGGCUUCAUCUUCAAACAAAUCAACAAUUACAUCAGCUGCUUUGCUCCUGGAGACCCUAAGACCCUCUUUGAAUAUAAGUUUGAAUUUCUCCGGGUGGUAUGUGACCACGAACACUAUAUUCCUUUGAACUUACCGAUGCCAUUUGGAAAAGGCCGAAUUCAGAGAUACCAAGACCUGCAGCUUGACUACGCCCUGACUGAUGAGUUCUGCCGCAACCAUUUCCUGGUGGGGCUGCUGCUGCGGGAGGUGGGUGCAGCCCUGCGGGAGUCCCGGGACGUGCGCCUCAUUGCCAUCGGUGUGCUCAAGGGCCUGCUCAUCAAGCACUCGUUCGACGACAGAUACGCCUCUCGGAGCCACCAGGCGCGGAUCGCCACACUCUACCUGCCCCUGUUCGGCCUGCUGAUAGAGAACGUGCAGCGCAUCAACGUGAGAGACGUGUCCCCCUUCCCUGGGAACCCAGGCAGUAUGGUAAAGGAAGAGGCUCUGGGCUCACCUGCGGUAAACCCCCUCAUGACACCACAGAAGUUUGGAGGCACUCUGGACCCCACCCUCCACAAAGACCUGUUCGGAGCCAUCUCGGGCAUCGCUUCUCCAUACACGACGUCCACCCCAAAUAUUAACAGCGUGAGGAACGCAGACUCCAGAGGCUCUCUCAUCAGCACAGACUCGGGGAGCAGCCUUCCAGAAAGGAGCAGCGAGAAAAGCAACUCCUUGGAUAAGCACCAACAAGGGGGCACUCUGGGAAAUUCCGUGGUGCGCUGUGACAAGCUGGACCAGUCUGAGAUCAAGAGCCUGCUGAUGUGUUUCCUCUACAUCUUAAAGAGCAUGUCUGAUGAUGCUCUGUUUACCUACUGGAACAAAGCUUCGACCUCCGAGCUCAUGGAUUUCUUUACCAUCUCCGAAGUGUGCCUGCACCAGUUCCAGUACAUGGGGAGGCGCUACAUCGCCAGAACAGGAAUGGUGCAUGCCAGAUUGCAGCCGCUCGGCAGCCUGGAUAACUCUCUCACUUUUAACCACAGCUACGGGCACUCGGAUGCUGAUGCCCUGCACCAGUCCUUUCUGGAAGCCAACAUUGCCACCGAGGUGUGUCUCACAGCCCUGAACACGCUCUCGCUCUUCACACUGGCCUUCAAGAACCAGCUCCUGGUGGACCACGGGCACAACCCGCUCAUGAAAAAAGUCUUCGAUGUCUACCUGUGCUUCCUGCAGAAGAACCAGUCGGAGAUGGCCCUGAAGCACGUCUUCACCGCCCUGCGCUCACUCAUCUACAAGUUCCCCUCUACCUUCUACGAGGGGCGCGCCGACAUGUGCUCGGCCCUGUGCUACGAGACCCUCAAAUGCUGCAACUCCAAGCUGAGCUCCAUCCGCACCGAGGCCUCGCAGCUCCUCUACUUCCUCAUGCGAAACAACUUCGACUACACGGGCAAGAAGUCCUUCGUGCGCACACACCUGCAGGUGAUUAUCUCCGUGAGCCAGCUGAUAGCGGACGUGGUGGGCAUCGGGGGCACUCGCUUCCAGCAGUCCUUGUCCAUCAUCAACAACUGUGCCAACAGUGACCGGCUCAUCAAGCACACCAGCUUCUCUUCGGAUGUCAAGGACCUAACCAAGCGGAUUCGCACAGUCCUCAUGGCCACGGCGCAGAUGAAGGAACACGAGAAUGAUCCUGAGAUGCUAGUGGACCUGCAGUACAGCCUGGCCAAGUCCUAUGCCAGCACCCCCGAGCUCCGCAAGACCUGGCUGGACAGCAUGGCCCGGAUCCACGUCAAAAAUGGGGACCUCUCCGAGGCAGCUAUGUGCUAUGUGCACGUCACAGCUCUUGUGGCAGAAUAUCUCAUGCGCAAAGGUCUGUGCAGACAGGGGUGCUCAGCGUUCAGAGUCAUCACCCCCAACAUUGACGAGGAGGCGUCCAUGAUGGAGGAUGUAGGCAUGCAGGAUGUGCACUUCAAUGAGGAAGUGCUGGUGGAGCUCCUGGAACAGUGUGCUGACGGGCUGUGGAAGGCUGAGCGCUAUGAACUCAUUGCUGACAUCUACAAACUCAUCAUCCCUAUCUAUGAGAAGCGCCGGGACUUUGAGAGACUCGCCCACCUCUACGACACCCUGCACCAGGCUUACAGCAAAGUGACUGAAGUCAUGCACUCGGGCCGACGGCUCCUGGGCACCUACUUCCGAGUGGCCUUCUUUGGACAGCAAUACCAGUUUACAGACAGUGAAACAGAUGUGGAGGGAUUCUUUGAAGAUGAAGAUGGGAAGGAGUAUAUUUACAAAGAACCUAAGCUCACACCAUUGUCGGAAAUUUCCCAGCGCCUCCUGAAACUGUACUCAGCUAAGUUUGGGUCCGAAAAUGUCAAGAUGAUUCAGGAUUCUGGCAAGGUCAACCCCAAGGACCUGGAUUCCAAGUACGCCUACAUUCAGGUCACCCAUGUCACACCUUUCUUCGACGAGAAGGAACUGCAGGAAAGGAAAACGGAGUUUGAGAGGUGCCAUAAUGUCCGCCGGUUCAUGUUUGAGCUGCCCUUCACGCAGGGGGGUCGACGGCAGGGAGGCGUCGAGGAGCAGUGUAAACGGAGAACCAUCCUCACAGCGAUCCACUGCUUCCCUUACGUGAAGAAGCGGAUCCCCGUCAUGUACCAGCACCACACGGACCUGAACCCCAUCGAGGUGGCCAUCGAUGAGAUGAGCAAGAAGGUGGCCGAGCUGCGGCAGUUGUGCGCAGCGGCCGACGUGGACAUGAUCAAGCUGCAGCUGAAACUGCAGGGCAGCGUGAGUGUGCAGGUCAAUGCAGGCCCGCUGGCCUACGCCCGGGCUUUCUUAGACGACACAAACACCAAAAGAUAUGCGGACAAUAAGGUGAAGCUACUGAAGGAAGUGUUCAGGCAGUUUGUGGAGGCCUGUGGCCAGGCCUUGGCCAUCAACGAACGUCUGAUCAAGGAAGACCAGCUUGAGUACCAGGAAGAGAUGAAGGCCAACUACCGAGAAAUGGCCAGGGAGCUCUCAGAGAUCAUGCGUGAGCAGGUUCGUGCCCAUGGCAUCCCCGACACACACACACACAAUCUGCCGCUGAGGAGAAGGCAGCCGUGCUCUCCAACUCUGUCCACAUCUUUUAACGCCAUCAGUGGCACCCCGACCAGCACACUGUCCACGGCAUGA